AUGACGGAAUACCAAAGAGCAGCGACCGGCGACAGUGGCGGAAGUAGUAGAGGCUUCACAGAUAAUUCUGCACCCACUAGUACUACUACUACUACUACUCUUUCGUCAACAGGUAGCAUUGCCACAGAUACUGGUGAUACUGAGAGUAGCAUUACCACCACUCCAAAUGACAGCGAUAUCAGCAGAAGUAAUAGCAGGUCUGUUACACUGACACCGCGAGAUUCUGCUGCCGGUGGAACCAGCAGUAGCAACAUAUCAUUACCCAAGUUAAAUACGAACUUUGCCCCUUAUUUAGCGACAACAAACAACUCACUGUCACCAAAGUUAAGCUCACUGAUCUCACCAUCACCUUCAACAACAUCUAUUAAUACAACAUUCGCAUCAUCGGUUUCUAGAAAUGAUAGUCGAUUAUUACAUCAACGCUCGUAUUUAUCAUUGAAACAGAAUCAACAGAGGUAUCUGGCACUCAGUCCUAUUCAGCUUGGACUAGGCAAUGGUGAGGAAUCGCCGGCCUCUUCAUCAGAUUCUUCGUUAUCGUCCCCUUCAUCUACUACGUCACCAUUGGAUCAGGCUCAUACGCAUAUCCCCCUAUCAUUACCCGGACGGUCCCGAUAUAUGAAUUCGGCGACCAAGAGAAACAGCAGGGCCAAUACACGAACCCCUGCCCAUAGUGGAACGCCAAGUGGGAGUUCAUCAUCGUUUUCAGCAAUACAUCCGCCGCAUCCUGACAACAGUAAUAUAUCAGUUAACGGUAAACAACGUUAUAGCCAGCAUCAGCAUCAGCAUCAGCAACCGCAACCACAACCACAACAUUCAUACAUUAGUGGUUAUAAUUCUGUUUCGAGAAAUAACAGUGUUAGCGGUAGCAGUCGAUAUACCAGUCAGAUUGAAGAUCAAGGUCGUGAUUUGUGGCAGAAUGCAAUUGAGUCUUCGCUACCAGCUGGGGUUGAAAACUUGAACAGGAAGCCAUCACAAUUACGACAAGAAACAGACCAGGGUGCAGAGCUCAGAUCAGCACUUUUAGAUCAGCAGCUGGAACGACUGACCCCUCCUGGUAGCAAUAUUAUCUCGGCCAUCGACGGUUUGGCUACUGAUAGUAUUGCCAGCUCGGCCACCUCACAACCGUGUGUGGAGUGGUCCAGUAACGAAUCCGGCCAACCGGUUGACAUUAGUGAUCUGCCGGAGAGAGACGUGGUAGACCAAGUGUAUAAUCCAGUGAUGGCCUUGCCGGUUUAUUCAGCUGCCGCUAGCCCUACAGUUAGUAGCGGUGUUGGGGAUAGCAGUAUGAACGCCAGUACGAACAACUGUGUUACUAGCGGGGCCACCGACAGUAGUUCUAAUGUUGACGCUAAUGAUUCACGCCAUCAUCGCUUUCACAACUUGUAUUCACCAGCUGCUUCAUUGCGAAAUGUGAUAUCUGGUAACAAUUUACGGUCAAACAAGCAUAAAGGUGAUGACAAUGGGCCUGAUUCUGUCGAUAGCUCAGGCUCGACACACUUAGACAUCUCACCGUCUUUACGUGAUGAUCACGAGCUGUCAUCGUCGUCCACUAUGCUGAAACAAACACUAUUACGACAUCAUCAUCCCCAAUCCACAUCAUCAUCUAAUAACUCAUCUGCAUCGCCAUCCUGUCCUGGUUCACCUAUUCACGGAACGGGUCAGCCGACUGGUUUAAUUCAAUCUCAACACCAUCUUACUAAUAAUCAAUUUCAUACAGACUCGUCAACUUCUCUUGUUGCAUUUAGUACCUCAUCUUCGACAAGCUCGUCAAGCGUAUUAGCAGGUGCUACUUCGGUGCCAGUAAAGGAGACUCAUCAUAUCUCGAUUGAUUAUGAUCCAGUAUCGGGUCGAAAAAAGCUCAACACCUAUGAGAUAAUCCGCGAGCUUGGUCGUGGUCAGCAUGGAAAGGUCAAACUGGGGAAGAAAAUCGAGACCGGUGAAUACGUUGCCAUCAAAAUUGUCGAUAGAAAUGGACGUCCUCGUCUUGGUAAAGCUGCCCGUCCGGGUUCGACGCAAGAGGACAAAAUCCGUCGUGAGAUCGCCAUUCUCAAAAAAUGCUAUCAUCCAAAUAUUGUUCAACUCCUUGAAGUACUUGAUGAUAACUCGUCCAAAAAGAUCUAUUUGGUUCUAGAGUAUCUUGAAAAGGGAGAGAUCGAAUGGCAAUACGAACCAGGUGACCCCCCAGUCAUGCCUCGCCAUUUAGUUAAAUCUAUUGCGAGGGAUGUACUUUUAGGCUUAGAAUAUUUGCAUUUUCAAGGUAUCAUUCAUCGCGACAUCAAGCCAGCAAAUUUGUUACUCUCUCGGGAUGGAGUUGUAAAGAUUUCAGAUUUUGGCGUCUCAUAUAUUUCCGAUUACUCGCAGGAUGAACUGGAGCUAGCCAAAACUGCUGGCACGCCUGCCUUUUUUGCUCCUGAGCUUUGUGCUGAGAAAAGCGAGACAAGUCCACCAAUCACGCAUAUGAUCGAUAUAUGGGCAUUUGGUGUUACUCUAUACUGUCUGCUAUUUGGGAGAGUGCCGUUUAUUGCCGAUAGUGAAUACGAACUGUUUGGAGUAAUACUUGAGAGUCCAUUAGUAUUCCCAGAUGAAGAAGUUGAUGGAUCUAAAAGCCAUCAUGGCGCUUUGUCCCCAGCAAAAUUGGACAGUGAUAUGGAGCUGGCCAAAGAUCUUCUUCGGCAGAUUCUUGAGAAAGACCCCUCGAAGCGACUUGACAUUCCUCAAAUCAAACUGCAUCCUUGGAUCUGUGAGGGAAUGGAACCAGCGGCACAGGAAAAAUUUCUUCAUCAGUGUGAUUUUGAAAACCAACGCAUUGAGGUCACAGGAGAAGAAAUGCAGGAAGCUGUUCGUGGAAUAACUGGGAAGAUUAGAAGGGGGCUAGCUCGGCUCGGAUCCAAUGCAUUGGAAUUUGCUGCCGGUCUCAGGAGGAAGCCGUCUGGAUCCUCAGUUUCGUCACGCGAGCCAACUCCAGUUGGUGCUCACAGGUCUUCUCUCAAACCUAGCCGUGCCAGAGGUAUUUCAGACUCUAGCGGUACCACUCCACCUCAACGGUCUUUCUUUUCGGCUGCCAAUAGCCCUGUCUUAGAGAAGAAUCCCGAUGAACGACGUGCUUCUUAUGCAUCUGCAUUUUCUGUUUCCACAACAGGCUCUACUGUUGGCGGUGGUGCGGCGAGCUCGGUUGAUAAAUUCAUUCCUCCUGUUGCUCCUCAGACAACAAAACCAACCAUGUCUUCCAGUCGAAGCAACCUCAAUCUUAAUGCAUUGUUAGAAGGACGCGAAGAUACCAUGCUGUUAAAAGAUUGCUUUGAGAGUGAUGAGUUGAAAUUGGAUGCAAAAUCUACCCCGGCUGCUUUGUCUAGUAUCUAUCCGCCUGUCGAUUUUAUCGGCGACGUUGAGGAUGUGGAUGACUAUGAGGAUGAUGAAGAUGAAGAGGAAGACGAUGACGAUGACGAUGGCGAGCUCACGUUGACAGUUGGUCCUAACCGACGGUUUCUAUCUUCUGAUGUUCUUACACGUCGUAGGGCUCCUAGCGCCCAUAUACCUGCCAGUGACCGUGUCUCCUCUGAAGAAACUCCUCGUUAUCGGAGUAGGAGCGUCAGCAUCGACACAUUCGGCGAGGAGACUAAUUAA